GCAAACUUGUCUAGAAGGAGAACAUUCCAAUAGUAUAAAGUAUCGGCAAGAUGUCUACUCCACACGAAUAGUCAAUCAGCAUCGGAAACACAACGUUCUUUACACUGCGAACCAGCAACUAUUACCUAUCAAAACCACACUCGCUUCUCCACGAACACACUCGCUUUCACAAUGCAGUCCGCCCUCGUCUUCCUCGCCACCCUCCUGGCCGGCGCCAACGCGUGCUCCACCUACAACGAGUGCCACUGCACCAACUCGGACGGCACCGCCAACGACACCAUCACGGCCCUCGUGUGCAACGACAGCAACAAGCUCGCGCCGUCCAGCCCCGGCUGGCCGCUGUACACCGAGGAGCAGGACUCAGUCAUGAAGUGCGUUCUCAACCCGGGCCCCGUCAACGACUUCGUCGCCAUCGACAACUGCAAGUUCCGCGAGUUCUGCACGAAGGCCGGAGCCACCGGCCCCGACUCCGUCUGCGAGGGCAACAGGAACACCUAGAUCGAGGUCGGGGUUGUGGAGGUAUGACAAAAGGGGGGACAAUGCGCCUAUGAUAUACGUUAAAAGUCAGAAAAAAAUGGUUUAUUUCAGGGGAAACAAGAGGCAGCAGUCGCCGGCUGUAAACGAGGGCCAUGUGCUACAUGGCCUACCGGAGAUCGGAUAGGCUAUAAAGAAAAUGAACAUUCGUCAAAAG